AUGAUGAAACCCUUGACAUUAGUUUGGACACUGACAGUGACCCUCACAUUGUGCUGCGACGGCGCUAUGAUUUACGAUCCUAUGUUACAACAGGAUACGGUCUGGUACAAUCCCGGAAUUCAGUACUCGGAACUCGUCGACGUAAGUACAUAUAUAAUUACUUCAUAUAACCUAGCCUACCCUAAUCAGUAACCUAUUAUAUAAUAUAACCAGUGACGACUUUUGCGUGUCUAUUUCUCCAAGACUUCAACAAAAUCAGAUACUUGAAAGUAAACCUUCGACUUCUCGAAUUUCGCUAUAGAUCUUUUGUUUAAGAUUCUAAUAAAGUUUUCAUGUUAUAAAUAUUUUUUUCGUAUCGUUGGUUUAAAAUUUAGAAUUUCGGAUUUCGGAUUUAGAAUUACGUCAUAAUAAAAAUUAUAAAAAUGUAUUAUUACUUAAUUGUACCUGACUAACGGUCGUGCCUUGCAAUUCGUUUAGAAAAAAUCUGUGGGCAUGGUAGAAUCAAUGGAGGUGAAUACCAAUAAACCGAUGAGCCUGAUCGGAAGCAUAAACGCGCUAAUGAAUCAACUAGGCAAACAGCAGAAUAAUAAUAUAAACGCGAUGAUAAAAUCAAACGAACAAAAAACCAAAGAGAUUGGCAAGCGGUCGCGAUAUCCUUAUUUCGAUGUACCGUACAACAGGUGAGUUAGUGGUUUGGUAAUAAAAAACAUUUUGUUUUAUUUGGUUAUCCAUCUUAUAAUAUUAUCAUUUUGUAAUUCGGCUCGUAUAUUACGAUUAGUAUUCUUUCAUAAAAACUCAUACAAAUAUAUACAUUAGUUCAACGUAAUUUUAUCGUUCACCACGCGUUUACACUGUCGCAGCAAUUAUUCAUACAUUUAAACAGUUAUUUAGAUUUAUUUUAGAAUGCUUUCUUAACUAGAUAAUACAUAAUUUUGCAGUUCCAACGACUUUGACGGACGUGAUAAAAAGAGAUUUCAGAGAUUUCGUGCUGUCCAGAGCCCACCAUUAUAUCUAAGCACCCUUGGGCCGGGAAUGAUCCAUUACGAAAACACGAAAAACGUGGAAAAUAAUUCUCCCCCCUUUCCUCGAUUAACCUAAUCAAUUGAACAUGUUUUUCGAUAGCCCACGAGAAAAAAUCCGUAUUUUCGAAUUCGUCCAUUAAUAAUAUGUUGUCGUUUAUACAAUCGGGUUUUUUUUUUCACCAACACCAUUCAAUAAUAAGCUCAGUGAUCUGUUUUUUGUCUUUUGAAGAACGUAUUAACGUGAGCUUUUUGUUGUUUUUUUCAGGUUUUAA